GAGAGCUAGACGGAGAGAGAGAGAGAGAGAGAGAGAGAGAGGAGAAUUUCAACAGGAGAAGCUGUGACAAAGAUGAGCUCCUGAACAAUCUUAAAACUUUGGACCUAAAAAAUGAGACAACAUGAAGAAUUGCUUUCACAAAUCUUGAGAGAGGCUUCCUAAAGGAAAGGUCGUGGUCCAAGGAAAUGUAUCCGACCUGGAGUCCUUUAAAGAGACAUUUCCCCUGCUGAGAGCUGAGGUAGAUACCAAGAAGAUCAGCACCCCCUCUGACAAUGAGGAUGAUGAGAGACCAGCAGAGAUACGCAACACCUUGACCAUCUCUGCCCCUCCCACACCUAUAAACUACUCCAAUAGGCUGAAGGAGAAUCUGGUCCUGCUGGAGCUGGAAUUUACUGAAUUCAAAGAGCUCACCCAGGCCACCCCAGAGAACACUCUGCAACAGCUUAAAGAGGAGCUCCAGCAACUUAAAAGGGACAACCAGGCCAUUGCAUCAGACCUAAGAGGGAGUCUAAAGGAGCUGAAACAGGAGAACAGUGCUCUACGUACCCAGUUGGCCAAGGUAAAGGAGGAUGCUGAAAAGAGAGAAAAGAGUUUCACCUGGAAACUCCAACAGAUAAAAGACCAACUCUCAGCAGCCCGAAGAGUGACAAGUACAGAGACACAGACUAUGCCGGCCUGUGCCCCGAGCCCCUGCUUUGUCCCUGCCCCAUCCUCCCUGCCCUGUACCCAGCCAACCAACACCCAGCUCAGCAACACUCUGGCACCUCCAGAUUCAUCCACAGAGUCAGCAGCCAGCAGCCAACUCUGUUCAGCUCAGCUUCCCUCCACCCAGCCUGAGGAGCAAGCCCCAGAGGUAGUCCUGCUGACUGACUCAAAUGGAAAAUACCUUGACACAAAGCGGCUUUUUCCUGGUCAGAGAGUGCUCUUUAAACAUUGCAGCACCACAAGACAGGCCAUGAAGCUGCUGAAAAGGGAGACCCUUAACAACCCUCAAUGCCUGGUGAUCCACACAGGCACAGAUGACCUGCACACCCUCCAUAAAGACACUGCUGAGGCAGUAAGGAAGAUGGCGGAACAGGCCAGUGAGGAGUUCCCCAACACUCGCAUCGUCAUCUCCACCCUGCUGCCCAGAACAGACAUGCCGCCACAUGUCAUCCACGACAUCAAUAUGGAGAUCAGAAGAGGAUGUGCUGCCCUUCCAAAUGUGCACCUUGCCCACCACCCGACCAUCGGCACCUGGGACCUCUAUGAUGGACUCCAUCUACACAGAGAAGUUGUGGGAAUCUUUGCAAAGACCCUGAAAGACACGGCCCUGGGACGCAGCCCUUCCAUCCCCUCCUCUACUAGAAACUUUAGAGACUGGCCCAGACCUCCUACCCACCACCAACCCAGGUUCAGCCCUCAACCAGAAAGAAGACACAGCCGCUCAGCCAGGACCUUCACUGCUCAGCACCCCCCUGUGCACUCCCACCCUCCACACAACCAUCACUCCACCACUGUGAAGGACAGGCAGGAGAGGACCCCCACCACAGGCCCUGGGACCAGAUCCCAUCCACAGCAUCAACAGGACAGCUACGGAGCAGCCCCAGACCCCAUCCACAGCAUCAGCAACAGAGCUAUGCAGCAGCCCUUGGCCCCAGACCCCCUCCACAGCAUCAGCAGAGCAGCUAUGGAGCAGCCAUUGGCCCCAGAACCCCUCCACAGCAUCAGCAGAGCAGCUACGGAGCAGCCAUUGGCCCCAGACCCCCUCCACAGCAUCAGCAACAGAGUUAUGCUGCAGCUGAUCCCAGGCCUGUUGCCACAGCCCCUAACUCUGCUCCUUCAGAGCUGGGAGACAUCAGAGAGAUGCUGCACAUCCUGUGUGAUCGCCUCCUAUUGAAAUGAUAAGUACAUACAAUAUAUAGAUAGAAAAUUAGAUGAUAAUUUUUGAUGACAUUUUAUUAUUAUUACUAUUCCACUGUAGCGACACCCGCUUGAUUUGAUUAGACUUUAUAGAAAUUAAAUGAAAUACUCUUUAUUUAUGGAAGGAUAAUCUUCACAAUUGUCUCACCAAAUAGGUUCAUGUUUUUUUGUUUUGUUUGUUCUUCUUUUGAUCAACGUACGAACCCUGAAUUCCUCAAAUCUAUUAAACAUGUUGAUAUUCUUGUGUUAACAGAAACAUGAUGUCAGAAUGAUGCACUCACUCACUGUCCUUCAGGAUAUCACAAAGUCAUGGUGCCCUCUAUAAAGGCCAAAACAAUACGUAAGGGCAGAACUUCUGGGGGGAUCUUGGUCUGGUAUAGAGGAGAGCUGGCCAUUCACAUUUCAACAGUAAAACAAGGGAAGUCACACGUUUGGCUAAAGCUUAAUAAAAGUAUUGGAUUAGCUGACAGAGACAUCUACCUAUGUGCUACAUAUAUUCCUCCAGCAGAGUCUCCUUAUUAUGAGGAGGACAUCCUUGAUACUCUCCACACAGAGAUCAGCUAUUUCCAGGCCCAAGGAAUUGUGCUGUUGUGUGGAGACCUGAAUGCAAGGACUGGAUGUGAGCCGGACUUCCUGGAUCCACAGGGCAACAGCCAUGUAUUUGGUCAAGCCCCUCUUUACAUCACACCAACCAUCAUCAACCGGAACAACCUCGACUGUCAAAUAAAUCAGAAUGGCAGGGAGGUAGUGCACCUCUGUCGGGCCUUAGGCCUGUACAUAGUUAAUGGAAGGUUCAAAGGGGACUCUUUAGGGAGGUUCACAUACUCCUAAACUCUUGUCUGUAGUGUAGUCGACUAUUCUCUCACUGACAUGGACCCCUCCACUAUCAAUGCGUUCACUGUCAGGCAGCAAUCCCCACUUUCAGACAACAACCAAAUGAAUAUCUAUUUUAAAACAUUGAAUCAAUUCAACCCAACGUACAGAUGGACUCAGGACAGUGGGGACAAAUUCUUCAUGGCGUUAAAUUCCCCUGAUCUAUUCAGUAAAAUGUUGGAAUUCAAGGGAAAUCGGUACGACACGACCAAGGGUGGCGUUAACAUGGCCACUGCUGACGUCAACACACUGUUUCACGAGGCAGCUAUUAAAGCCAACCUUGUCAAAAUUAAAAGAUGGUACAAGAAGAAACAAAAUAAUGAAAAAUGGUUUGACAAUGAAUGUAAAAUGAAAAAUAUCAAAUUUAAAACAUCGCCAACCAAACAAUCACGACUUACGAAUUAGCUUUAGCGAAACUCUCAAAAGAUAUAAAUACACAAUUAGAAACAAAAAACAAAAUCAUACAAAUGAAAGAUUGGAGAAAAUUGAAAGCUCCAUUCAUCAAAACCAAUUCUGGGAUAUGUUAAAUACAUUGAGCACAACAAAGCCACAGCCAUUACCCAUUCAAGAUGGUGACAUGUGGAAAUCACACUUUGAGAAUCUUUAUAAAGACAUUCCACCAAAUGAACUUCAUUCAAACCACAAAAGUAUUAGAGAAAAACUGCAAACAUUAGAAUUGACAAUUAAAACUAAUCAGAACCCUCUUGACUUCCAAAUCACUUUGGAAGAAUUGAUGGGAAAAAUAAAAUGUAUCAAAACUAAAAAAGCUUGUGGUCCAGACAACAUUAAAAAUGAAAUGCCUAAAAACAUCACUCCUGCAAUGCAAAGUGCUCAAGUUGUUUAACAUCGUCCUGGGUUCAGGCUGCUUUCCUGACAUCUGGUGUGAGGGGCUUAUUUCUCCAAUUUAUAAAUGUGGAGAUAAAUUAGACCCCAAUAACUACCGUGGCAUCUGCAUUAGCAGUUGCCCGGGGAAGUUAUUUUGCAGCAUUAUAAAUAACAGAUUCUUAGAUUAUCUGGACCAACACAACAUCUUUAGUAAAACUCAAAUUGGCUUUCUUCCAAAACACCGCACCACCGAUCAUGUUUACACCCUUCACACGCUCAUUCAGAAACAUGUGCACCAAACGAAUGGAAAGAUAUUUGCUUGUUUUAUUGAUUUUAAGAAAGCAUUUGAUUCAAUUUGGCAUAAAGGACUAUGUUACAAACUUCUGCAAUCUGGCAUUGGAGGAAAAGUCUAUGACAUUAUAAAAUCUAUGUAUUUGAACAAUAAGUGUGCUGUAAAAAUAGGAGAAAGACGCACUGACUUCUUCACCCAGAGAAGAGGCGUCCGUCAAGGCUGCAAUCUGAGUCCGACGCUUUUCAACAUAUAAAUGAACUAGCAUUGCAGCUGGACCAGAGUGCAGCCCCAGGCCUCCGUCUCCUAGACAGAGAGGUGAAGUCUCUGUUCUAUGCAGAUGACCUGGUUCUGUUGUCUCCCACAGAGCAGGGACUCCAACAACAGCUAGACCUCCUGGAGGACUACUGUCAGAACUGGGCCUGGCCCUGGUUCUGUUGUCUCAUACAGAGCAGGGACUCCUACACCAGCUACACCUCCUGGAGGACUACCGUCAGAACUGGGCCCUAGCAGUAAAUCUAAAGAAGACAAACAUCAUGAUCUUCCAAAAAAGGCCCAGAUGUCAGGAAAACAAACACCAUUUUACUCUAGGAAGUACCACCAUAGAACACACCAUGAGUUACACCUAUCUGGGUCUGACUAUUACAGCCUCAGGGAGUUUUAGCCUGGCAGUGAAUGCCCUAAAAGAAAAGGCCAGAAGAGCCUCUAUGCAAUUAAAAGAACAUUUUAUAAUAUCCAAAUUCCAAUCAAAAUCUGGUGUAAGAUCAGGCCCGUAGAGAUCACCCCCGCAGCCCCUGCACCGUGGGGGGGCCUCGCGUGGCAA